AUCUAAAGAACCUUGUUUGAUCAUAAUGAGGUUGUUUCUCUUACUUGUUUUCAAUACUCUCAUCUUACUUAAAAAUUUGGACUUCGGUUUUGCUGAUGAAGCGUCCAUGGUUGAUGGUGAUAGACAAGUAUUACUUGCGUUGAAGUCUCAAGUUUCUGAAAACAAACGAGUAGUCUUGGCCUCGUGGAAUCACUCUAUUCCACUCUGCGAGUGGGCUCAUGUUGCAUGUGGCCGCAAACACAAAAGAGUUACUAGUUUGGACCUAGGAGGGUUGCAACUUGGUGGGAUCAUCUUGCCCUCUCUCGGUAAUCUUUCUUUUCUCAGAGUUCUUAAUCUUGGAGACAACUCUUUUAGUGGUACCAUCCCAAAAGAGUUGGGAAUGUUGUUUAGGCUUCAACAGUUGAACAUGAGUUAUAAUAGUCUUGAAGGAGAAAUUCCAAGCCUGUCUAACUGCUCUAGAUUGGUGACCCUUGAUUUAAUGUCAAACCGUCUUAUACACGGUUUACCUUCAGAGCUAGGAUCGUUAUCUAGCCUUGAAAAAUUGCUUCUAUCUAAAAACAACCUUUCAGGGAAGUUUCCCACAUCUUUAGGAAACCUAACAUCUCUCAGGCAAUUUGCCAUUGCAUAUAAUCAUAUGGAGGGAGAAGUUCCAGAUAACAUAGGUAGAUUGACCCAUUUGAUAAGUGUCCAACUUUCACAAAACAAUCUCUCAGGUGUUUUCCCUCCUUCAAUUUACAACAUGUCCUCACUUAGGUUUUUAUCCAUUGUUGGCAAUCAUUUCUCGGGUAAUCUUAGGCCUGAUUUUGGAAAUAUGCUUACAACUCUUAAAGAGUUGUAUUUGGGGAUGAAUUCUUUCUCAGGAAAUCUUCCCAAAACAAUUUCCAAUAUCUCAACCCUCACACAUCUAGAGAUUUCACAAAACCUUUUCACUGGAUCUGUCCCCGUUGGUUUUGGAGCAUUACACAAUAUUCAAAUGUUGGGGAUUAAUGAAAAUUCUUUUGGAAACAACUUAGUUGGAGAUCUUGACUUUCCUAGUGCUUUGGUAAAUUGCACUCAGCUACAAGUCUUAGAUUUUGGUUACAACAGACUUGGAGGAAAACUCCCUAUCUUUGUAGCCAAUCUUUCUAUCGAGUUGGCCGCAAUGUACAUGGGAGGGAAUCUCAUCUCUGGUGGCAUUCCUCAUGCCAUUGGGAAUCUCAUAAACCUACAAGCACUAGGCAUGGAAACAAAUUUGUUGACAGGAAGAAUACCAACCUCUCUUGGGAAGAUUAUAGGGUUGAAAGAACUAGGCCUGAAUUCAAAUAGAAUGUCAGGAGAGAUACCAUCAAAUCUCGGAAACAUCACUCGGUUAAUAAGUCUCAAUUUGUUUAACAAUAGUUUUGAAGGAAGCAUUCCUCCGAGUCUUGGAAAAUGCCGGUUUCUGUUGUUCCUUCGUAUUGGAUCUAAUAAGUUAAACGGGACUAUACCUCAAGAAAUCAUGCAAAUGGAGUCUCUUGUUGGGUUUUAUAUAUCAAAAAAUCUGUUGACUGGGCCUUUUCCCAAAGAUGUUGGAAGAUUAAAACUCCUUGUUGUGCUAUCUGCUGCAAACAAUAGAUUUCAUGGAAACAUUCCUGAGACAUUAGGGAACUGUCUCUCCAUGGAAGAAAUUUACCUUGGAGGAAACGGAUUUGAUGGAGCCAUUCCAGAUAUCAGAAACUUGAGAGCUCUCAGAAUCUUUAUUUUAUCGAACAACAAUUUAUCGGGCAGUAUACCUGAAUAUCUGGCCAAUUUUCCCUCGUUACAGUAUUUGAAUCUCUCAGUUAACAACUUGGAAGGAAUAGUUCCAACAAAAGGAGUGUUUCAAACUCCUGAAAAGUUUUCAGUAUCUGGUAAUGGAAAGCUUUGUGGAGGCAUCCCUGAACUAAAGUUAAGCCCAUGCCCUCAAAACGUAGUUUCAAAGGCAAGAAGGCAUUCAUCAAACAAAAAGAAAAUUAUCAUCGGUGUUAGUAUCGGUGUAGCUUCUCUUUUGUUGUCACUGUUUGCUUUGAGUCUACUAUACAUUCUUAUGAAAAGGAAGAAGAAUGACGCCCAUGUAAGCGACUUUGGUCUUGCUCGAAUCCUCGACCAGGAAUCCUUCAUCAACCAAUUGAGCUCCACGGGUGUCAGAGGAACCAUCGGCUAUGCAGCACCAGAAUAUGGAAUGGGAGGAAAACCAUCUAGACAGGGAGAUGUGUACAGCUUCGGAGUUCUUAUGUUGGAGAUGUUCACUGGAAAGCGUCCAACUGAUCAACUGUUUAUCGGAGAUUUAACUCUCCGUAGCUAUGUCGAUUCGGGGCUGCCCGAACAUGUACUUGAUAUGGCUGACAUGUUGAUUCUCCACGGUGAAGUUAGGAACAACAACGUCAACAUUGCUGAGUGUUUGAAGAUGGUGUUUCAUGUGGGAAUAAGGUGUUGUGAAGAAUCUCCGAUAAAUCGGAUGACUAUGGCUGAAGCUUUAGCUGAAUUAGUCUCACUCAGAAAGAGGUUCUUUAAAACCAAGAGGACGACAUUCCGGGCGGGUCGUUAGCUUUUUGGUGGUCUAAAACUAAAACACUAUACAUGUG